ACCGAGUAUGAGGGCGGUGGCGAAGGACAAGGGGAGAAGACACCUUGGGGGGUGGAGGAGGAGGUGGGGGGGGGUGGGGGAGGAGGGGGAGGGGAAGGGGGGAAAGGAGGUGGAGGGGGAGGAGGUGGGGAGAAGGGGGAGGACGGAGCGGAAGCGGAGUGAGAGGGAGAGGGGGGGAGUACUGGGUCAAGGAUGUCACCUGAGGAAGAUGAGGAGGGAGCAGAUUCAGGAGGAGGAGGUGCUAGGGGUGGGGGAAUAAGAGGGAGAGGGGGGGAGGGGGGGGUGACAGUGUCAG